AUGUCUAAGGUUUGUGUCAUUUGUGAAGAUAUAGCUUACGGCAAUAAUUUCGGUACACUUUCGUGCAAUUCGUGCAAAACAUUCUUCAGACGAAAUGCCAUCAAAACGAAAAUAUUCACGUGCUUAUCAAAUGGCAAAUGUGAGAUCACUUACGAGAAUAGAGGUUGUAUUAAAUGUCGUUUAGAGAAGUGCUAUGCUCUGGGUAUGAGAAAGGAUUGGAUAAUUGAUGAGAGAAUUAAACGCUUCCGACGCGUCAACUCUGACCGCAGGAGACGAUCCGAGCGUCUGAACGACAGGCGCUCUCAUGGCCUGACACUUAAUGAGAUGUGCGAUGAAAACAAGGGACGAGGUUUUGGUGCAAACAUUUGCGGCGAAAUGGUAUUCAAAAUGAUCACCGAUUUUGACACGAGUUGUCAUAAUAUUAAUACACAAAUGAAGAGGUUUUAUGAGAACUUUUACAAUAAAACUGCUCAUAAAUUAGUGGCUAACCAUUCAGUGGACAGACCUAUCGCUGAUUACAGCAACCAAUUAACUGAAUUAGAGGCCAAUAAAUUGAGUGAAUUAUUGGACUUCAGUCGAGGUCUGAGGCGACCAUUGGAUAAGACAAUCACCGAAAUGAUUGGCACCGAAGAUGUGAAGCAAGCGUUGGUUCUCUUGUUUACCGAUUCUCUCAACCAUUUAGUGAAUGGAGUGAAGAGUUUGUCUGAGUUUAAGGACUUCUGUGGCAACGAUCAGAUCUCACUCGUGAAGUACGGCUGUCUGGAUGUCAUAAACAUCCGGUCCGUUUUGUUUUAUGACUUUCGCAGUCAAUCCUUUGCUCUAUCCUUUAAGGACUUCUGUGGCAACGAUCAGAUCUCACUCGUGAAGUACGGCUGUCUGGAUGUCAUAAACAUCCGGUCCGUUUUGUUUUAUGACUUUCGCAGUCAAUCCUUUGCUCUAUCCGAUAACAACUCUUCUCACUUAAAGUUGGAUUCAUUACAAGUGUUUAAAUCAGAUAUCUAUAGUCCGUAUCUCAAUUUUAUGCACAAAAUAGCCCACGAUUGGGAUUCAGACCCUGUUGUCAUUGAUCUGUUGACAGCUAUGUUACUAUUUAACCCGAACCGUCCAAACCUUAUGCACAAGGAUUCUGUAAAUCAAACAGAGAUGAGAAACAGUGUCGCAGAGAAUCCGCAAGAAUACGGACCACUCAUUAGGGAGUUGUUUGAUAUGAAAGGUUGA